AUGGCACCGCCGACUUCAAAACCAUCGGUCAAUGGAGUUGAAUUUCCUCCCGAGCCUACUGUGGGCCCCUCGCUCACAAAUGCCUUGCAUCCCCGCGAUCUCGCUAUAAAAGAAGUCGAUGGUUUUUCCUAUAUGGGCUGCUUCGCAAACAAUGCCACUGUAAUAGCAGGCUAUCACGAAGAAUUCAGUCGGCUAAAUCCAGAUUAUUGUUGCAAUGUGUGCAAGAAUCGAUCGACAAACAAUACCUGGUGUGGUUUGGGGAAUGGAAAUUACUGCUUUUGUGAUUCCACGACCGUUGCGAAUCCAUCUUCGCUUCCCGAUUCAUCAUGCUCAUCAACUUGUUACGGCGACGUUAACUAUGCUUGUGGUGGAGCUGGCGCAGUGGGUCUAUACAGUGCAACUACCGAGUUUGUCCCCACCAAAACAGCAAUCGUCUCGAAAACCCUGGAACUGGAAGGCUACAGCAACUAUGGCUGCUUCACAGACUCGAGCGAUCACCGCGUUCUCAGUGCUAAGCAACAGGUAUUCCAAAUGAAUGACCCGGAAUGGUGCUGUAGCUUUUGUGCCGGUGCUGGUGGUGGCUAUCGGUGGUGCGGUGUUGAAAACGGACAUAACUGUUACUGUGCGAGCAGUACGAGCAGCGGUGCACUCGAAGCGCCGGCGAGUGAAUGCAAAGUAGGCUGCUACGGCAAGCCAAAUGUACAAUGUGGCGCAAGGCUCCGGAUAAACUUGUACAGCGCAACAGGCUCUCUUCCCGAAACAGUAUCUGCUGUUAGCACAACCCAGGCAGACCAAGAGUCUACCACGGUGGCUAUCUCGGGCAACAGCUCGGGCUCGGGCUCGGGCCUAAGUGGUGGAGCCAUAGCAGGGAUCGCCAUCGGCGCAGUUGCAGGCGUCGUUUCGGCAGGACUGGCAUUUUGGUUUUUGUGUCGCAGUCGCCGCAAAAGCGAUUUCGAUAUUAAAUAA